AAUAUAAAGUCCUGAUUCUGUUAUGUAUUGUGGUUAUAUUAACUGAAAAGUGAGUUAUUUGGUAAGAAACCAAAUAAUUACUUUUCUCGAUUCAACUCAGCAGCAUGUAUGAUAUGACAUCUUCCUCCGGAACUAAUACGUACAUAAAUGUUUCCGAGUAGAAACCAGGCAAAUGAUUCUGAACAACUUCGUUCCAACUAUAUUUAGCUAAAGUCUGAGAAUAUUUUUCGUGCGAGAAAGUCCAUUGCACAAUGCAAGCAUGCGCUCAAGAAUAUAUUGAACCAAAUGGCGUCCUUCAGCUACGUAUUUGUAAAGAUGUAAAGUUAACUCUGUGACCGACUGCAGGUUCAGGCAAUCCCAGAAUGCAAUAAUAAACAUGGCUGCGCCCGGUGAUAACAGGGCAUCAAGACUUUCUCCAUCAUUUGGGCUUGAAGGAUUCCCAUUUAAACUUGCGGACAAUACAAGUGGAACUGCUAACAGUGACCAGGGAAAACCCGGCGAACAGAAAAAGAAACCCUGCAGAGCGUGUACAGACUUUAAGUCAUGGAUGAAGAGCCAGAAGAAGGAGAUAGCUGCAGAGGAAAGAGUGGAAGAGAAACAACUAGAGUGUCCUCUGGAUCGGGAGGAGCUGGGGAAAAAUACAUGGUCCUAUCUUCAUACAAUGGCAGCAUAUUAUCCCGACAAACCCACUGACACCCAGCAGGGCGAAAUGAAGCAGUUUAUCAACCUCUUCUCGAAGUUUUUCCCGUGUGACGAGUGCGCAGAAGAUCUAAGAUCAAGGCUGAAGACUAACCAGCCGAACACGACUAGCCGACACAAUCUGUCCCAGUGGAUGUGCCGGCUCCACAAUGACGUGAACGUGCGCUUAGGAAAGCCCGAGUUUGACUGCUCCAGAGUGGACGAACGAUGGAGAGACGGCUGGAAAGACGGGUCGUGCGAUUGACCGGAGCAGACCCUGGCGGCAGAGCAGGGUGCUAACGGUGGAUCGUCCUUCCCUCUCCAAACUGCACUGUUACCAUAAACUCCUUAAUUUGACAUAAUCAUGUACAGACAUAUGUUUCCUGCUGACUGCGUACACUAUAAGAAAUUACGUAUAACGUAAUUCAACAAAAAAAGAAACAAGAUUACAUUUUUUUUUUCGCAAUCUAGUGUAUUUAUUACUUUUGUAUUAAUUAAUCUGUUAUCGUGAUCAUUGUCUUUUGUUGUUUUAAUUUCUUGCUAAUGUAUGCAGAGAUAUGUCCAAGGAUGUGUUCACAUGUAUAAAUGAAAGAGAUUAAAAUAAUUAUUUUCUUGCUUGUU